AAGGUUAGACUCAGAUUAGAGUGGUUAGACUUCUUGCGCAAUUUUAGCUCAGUAUUUACAGAUACAUCGACAACAAAAAAUAACACACACACGUUACAAGAUGGGAAAUGCGAACCAAAAAGUAGAAGCGGCAGCGCCAGUUAAGGAAAUAGCAAAUUCAACAUCUUCAACCGAUGAACAACCAAAAAAAUUGAAACCUUGCUGUGCUUGCCCCGAAACAAAAAGAGCGAGGGAUUCAUGCAUAAUCGAGAACGGAGAGGAAAACUGUCAGCACUUGAUUGAAGCCCACAAAGAAUGCAUGAGAAAGGCUGGUUUCAAUAUAUAAGGAGAAUUUACUGUAUUGUAGAUCUGUAUAUAAUUUUUGAUUAGUUAUUUAAAUAUGGUUGAUAAUAAAUUUUAGAAUG